AUGGACCUCCGAUUCCGCUGGGCCCGGGACCACCUGUGCCGGACGCUGGGCGUGUACGAGCCGCGCUACAUCGAAACGGUGCUGAACGAGUACUACGACGAGCUGGUGGCAUUCUUCGACGACGAAAUCGAGGACCACCGGGACGACCACAAGCGGAUCUUCUUCGCGUACCGGACCUUCUACGACAAGCUCGUCGAGGAAGCGGUCGUAGCGAUGCAACCGGUGGCGCCAACUCCCGCCUCGGAACCGGAACAAGCCCAAAAGGAGAAGAAGGGCAAGAAGACCAAAGUAACCAAAAAAGGCAAGGACGCCAAAGAGGACGAACCGCCGGAUACGAGGCCGGAUCCGUCAGAUGCCACCGGAGGAGCUGCCAGCGAUAUCCCCGAGGCAGCACGUUCUGUUUACUAUACUGCAUCUCCCCGGGGUGUGAAUGAGUUGCACGACAAAGUCUACAAGAAAACCAGAAAUGCGACACUCUCGGAAACAAUGGCGCCCAACAGCAGGACUGUGUGA